AUGGCGCGCCUGCUCUGCGUGCUCUCUGGCCUGCCGUGGCCAGAGGCUCCUCUGCGGGCAGUGCGGAGCCUUGCGGACAGCGGAGGCCUCUGCUCAAAGGCCAGAAACGGGGACGCAGGGCCUCUAACAAAGUGUGAGCCAUCUCUUGCUAAGAGUGACUGGCAAAAGAAAUUAACCCCAGAGCAAUACCACGUCACAAGGGAAAAAGGAACUGAACCGCCUUUCAGUGGGAUGUAUUUGAAUAACAAGGAGUCAGGAAUGUAUCACUGUGUGUGCUGCGAUAGCCCACUCUUCAGUUCUGAAAAGAAGUACUGCUCUGGCACUGGGUGGCCUUCAUUUACUGAGGCUCAUGGUACAUCUGGCUCUGAUGAAAGUAACUCAGGGAUCCUGAGAUGUCUGGACACCUCAUUAGGAUCUGCUCGCACAGAGGUUGUCUGCAAGCAGUGUGAAGCUCAUCUUGGCCAUGUGUUUCCUGAUGGACCUGGGCCUACUGGUCAGAGGUUUUGCAUCAACAGUGUGGCUCUGAAGUUUAAACCAAGUAAACACUGAUUAUCU